AUGCGUUGGCGGUCUUUCGUUUGCCGCGGUUCGGUCGUGCUUCGGGCCAGCGGAAGUGACAUGACAAUAACCUGCUUGGAGAGGGAUGGUGUCGUUGCUGAUCUCCGUUUAGCGGAUUCCUUUUAUUUGAAAUAUGAAGUUCGGGGUGUCUUGGGUUCUGGAGCCAGUAGUACUGUGCGACGUUGCAUAGAAAAAGACUCUAAAGCCGAAUUCGCUGUUAAAAUUUUGGAUCUUAAUAGUGGUGUCGACACCUCAGAAGUUAUACGUUCAGAAUGUAUGCGAGAGGUGACAAUUCUUAGAAAAGUAGUCGACCACCCCAAUAUCAUAAGAAUUCAUGAUGUUUUCGAGGGGGAUGCAUACAUAUUUCUGGUCUCAGAAAUUUGUCAAGGUGGUGAACUUUUCGACUAUCUUACUCACAACGUCAUUAUUUCCGAAAAACGUACUCGUGCAAUCAUGCGGCAGCUGUUUGAUGCUGUUAAUUUUAUCCAUGACCGUCAAAUCGUCCAUCGAGAUCUCAAGCCGGAAAACAUUCUUCUUGAUGAAAAUCUUAACAUAAAAGUUACGGACUUCGGGUUGGCUGUAUUUGUUGACGAUGAAGAAGAGCUUAAAGAAACUCGGGGAACACCAGGUUACUUGGCGCCAGAGGUCCUGAUGUGUGGUUACUAUGAAGAUCAACCUCCUUAUGGUCAACCUGUAGACAUUUGGGCAUGUGGUGUGAUUAUGUAUACUCUGUUAGCAGGUUGUCCCCCUUUUUGGAAUCGUAAAGAACAUUUGAUGCUGCGCCAGAUUAUGGAAGGCCGUUUCUCUUUUCCUAGUCCAGAAUGGGAUGAUAUCAGCGAAUCUGCAAAGGAUCUAAUAUGUAAAAUUCUAGUUGUGGAUUCCAGCGUAAGGUUGACAGCUUUAGAUUCAUUGAAUCAUGCAUUCUUCCUACAACAACCUAUAGUUGGAAAGACAGCCUUCAAUGCUAGACAGAAAUUUAAGACUGGUAUGUUGGCUGUCAGUUUUAUAUUUUAUCUACGCCGUUUAAAAGUGGAUGCUGCCUAUUUAAAUAUCAAUCAGUUAUCUAUGGAUCCAUAUUCAAAUAAGAAAUUGCGUAAAAUUAUUGAUACACUUGCCUAUGAUGUUUAUAGUCAAUGGGUUAAGAAAGGUGAAGAACAAAAUCGUGCUGAAUUAUUUGAAAAUGUACCACGUCGUGAUAUGAUUGAUACACCAGAAGCAAUAUUUCACAAUAGUCCAAAACGUUCAGUGUUAGCCGGUGACUCCGUGAAUUAUACACCUUUCAAUUUUGAAGAUGAAGAUGAUGAUGAUAUCAGGAUACCGAUUAGAAUUGAUUAUUAAUAAACCCUUUAUUACAAUCUGUAGUCUAAACUUAGCCCCCUCCCUACCUCCUCUCUCAAUAUAUAUAUAUAUAUAUAUAUAUAUAUAUAUAUAUAACUCGGUGCAAUAAAACAAGUAGGCCCUACAUGUCUUAACAACGAAAACAUCAUGUAUGCAAAACCUACCACUUAUUCAGAACUAAACUUCCUUGGAAUAUUUUCUUUUCAUUUAUUUUAUAAUGUAUAAAGGAAUUUAUUUUUAUUCUAUCCUUUUCUCUCUCAUUUUCAUGUCUUCAUUCUAGUUGUAUUGUGUUAUUUUGCAUCAUUUGGUUAGUCAAGUUGUAAUAAUUCUAGUUUAUUACUUAUUUCAUUGGAAUGCUCCGUUUGUUGUUGUUUUUUUAUUAAUAAUAAUAAUAAUAAGAAAUCACUCAUUUGUCAUUUUUAAACUUAUUAAUAACUUUAUUAUUUCUUUAAAACAAUUAGUCCCUUUUUAUAAAUUUUGAUAGAGCGCAAUAAAAAAACUGGGGUUGAUCAGAACGAUAUGAUGUAUUUACACCAUACAUUUCGAACAAUCUGAC